AUGGCAAGUCAAAUUAGAAUACCGGAGAACGGUGAAAAAAUAACGAUUCAAGGUGGCACGCUGAGCGUGCCAGAAAAUCCCAUUAUCGGAUAUGUCGAGGGCGAUGGCAUAGGACCUGACAUUACUCGCGCAUCCAUGCGCGUGUGGAAUGCAGCCGUUGAACUCGCUUACGGCAACAGUCGCAAGAUUCACUGGUGCGAGCUUUUCAUGGGUGAAAAAGCAGGUAGUCUCUAUGAUGGAAAUUAUUUUCCAGAUGAGACACUCGAAGCCAUUGAGGAUUUGGUUGUUGCGAUAAAGGGACCCUUGUCUACACCAGUUGGUGGCGGGUUUCGUUCACUGAAUGUUUCUCUUCGCCAGUCUCUAGAUUUGUAUGCAUGCAUUCGCCCGGUGAAAUAUUUUGCAGGGGUUCCUUCACCCAUGCGGCGCCCUGAAGAAGUGGAUGUGGUCAUAUUCAGGGAGAACACGGAAGAUGUCUAUUCCGGCAUUGAAUUUCCAAGCGGUUCGCCGGAAAAUGAAAAAUUGGCAAAAUUUCUGCGCGAGGAAAUGGAUGUAAAUUUCGAAGAAGGCGCUGGACUUGGAAAUCAAGCCAAUUCCGGCCGACAGAGCGUAACACUGGUGCACAAGGGUAACAUCAUGAAAUAUACCGAAGGUGCAUUUCGCUCCUGGGGAUAUGAAUUGGCACGCGAAGAAUUUGCUGAUGUUACGGUUACUGAAGACCAGGUUUGGGAAAUGUACGACGGUGAAGCACCCGAGGGCAAGGUAGUGAUCAAAGACCGAAUCGCCGAUAUCAUGUUUCAAUUGAUGCAGUUGCGGCCGGCAGAAUUCGAUGUUAUCGCAACCACCAACUUGAACGGCGACUAUCUGUCCGAUGCUGUUGCGGCGGAAGUAGGCGGUAUCGGCAUUGCUCCAGGUGCUAACAUCGCAGACCAUGUCGCGGUAUUUGAGGCAACUCAUGGUACAGCGCCGAAGUAUGCUAAUCAGGACAAGGUAAAUCCUUCAUCACUUUUACUGUCUGGCGUCAUGCUGCUUGAAUAUAUCCGCUGGCAGGAAGCUGCCGAUCUUAUCACCGAGACGUUUCCAAAAGUGAUUCGUCAGGGUAAAGUCACUUACGAUUUUGCGAGGUUGAUGGAAAACGCAACAGAGGUUUCGACGAGCGAGUUUGCCUCUGCGCUCAUUCAGGAGAUGAAAAGCUGA